AUGGCCCGCCAAUUGGUUGUCCUCGCCCUUCUCUUCGCCGCCGUCGUCGGCGUUGUAUCCGCCGCCAAGGCCCCAUCCACCGCUCCGGCUGCUGCUCCCUCCAAGUCCAAUUCCACCGAAGCCAAAGAUUCCCCUGCUUCUAAAUCUCCCGCCUCUGCUCCGGCUGCUGCUCCCUCCAAAUCCAAUUCCUCCUCCGCCCCCGCCGCCGCCGAGUCCGACGCCCCAUCUUCCGCCACUCCCGCCGCCGAUGCUCCCAAGGGGGCUGCUUCAUCUCCCGCGGCUGAUGCCCCAAAGGGCACGAAAGCAGAGUCUGCCCCCGCCGGCUCCCCUGCUUCGUCCCCUGCUGCUGACGGGCCCGCAUCCGACGAAUCCCCCGCCGCAUCCCCCGACGCCGCCGAUGUUUCAUCCCCACCCUCCCCCAGCGGUCCCGCCGCUGACAGUGACGCUGCAGAUGCUGAUGCUGAUGCACCCGCUGCCGGAGGACCCGCCGGCGAUGCACCCACCGAUGCUCCGGCCAGUGGAGCUUCGUUCGUGAAGGCGUCGGCUGCUGCCAUUGCCGGAGUUUGCGCAGUUGCUGGAUUCUUUGCCUUCUAA